AGAUUCGCAGGCUCUGACGGCGCAGCGCGCGCCGUGUGUCGCCCCGAGAGCGCCAUGGAUACCAAGCCUUCGGUGGGCUACCUGGGCAUGGGCAUCAUGGGCACCGCCAUGGCGGGCAGACUCAUUGAUGCCGGCUUCCCCGUCACCGUUUGGAACCGCUCCAAGGACAAGUGCGAGCCAAUGAGGGCGAAGGGUGCCAAGGUGGCGGAUACCCCGCAAGAGGUGGUGGAGACCUGCGACGUCACCUUCGCGUGCACCUCAGAUCCAACCUCCGCGCGGGCAGUGGUCUUCGGCCAGAACGGGGUCCUGGCAGGAAUCACUGCUGGCAAGAGAUACGUUGACCUGUCCACAGUCGAUGAGGAGUGCGUCCAGGAGAUUGCUGCAGCCAUCACAGCGAGCGGCGGCCGCUUUUUGGAGGCCCCCGUCAGCGGCUCCAAAGGCCCGGCCCUGAACGGCCAGCUGGUGAUUUUGUCCGCGGGAGAGGAGGCAUUGCAGAAGGAGGUCCAACCCAUGUUCGACGUGCUGGGCAAGAGGACCUUCUUCCUGGGCGAGGCGGGGGCCGGGGCGCGGAUGAAGCUGGUGGUCAACAUGGUGAUGGGGAUCAACAUGGUGGCGCUGUGCGAAGGCUUGGCUGUCGGACAGAAGGCCGGCCUUGCAGGCAAUGACAUCCUGGAGGUGAUCAAGGAGGGCGCGAUCGCCUCCCCGAUGUAUGGCCUCAAGGGGCCCAAGAUGCUGGAGGGGGACUUUGCGCCGAACUUCCCCUUGAAGCAUCAGCAGAAGGAUGUGAGGCUGGCGGUGGAUCUGGGGGACAAAGUGGGCCAGCCGAUGCCACUGGCUGCGGCAGCAAACGAGUCCUUCAAGGCGGCCCGAGCAAGUGGCAAGGGCGAUGAUGACUUCAGCGCGGUGUACGCCACCGUGAAGCAGCCCUGAGCGUCCGACACCUUCAGGUGACCUCUCGUGUCCUCGGGGGU